GCUUUCGAUGCCAGCCACCCCUCGAGGCAGCCCUGUCAUUCGCGCAAGAAGGCAAUGCCCCUGCCGUGUCAACAUUGUUCACCUAUGCUGGUGCGGCCACUCUGCCGCACUGGCUCACCGUCAUGAGCAACUUCCCAGAGACCUUGCCUCCGUCUCAUUAUUCCACUUUGCCUUCCCAAGGCCAAGAUCACAGAACAAGGCACUCGUGAAGUGAUCUCAUGGGACACACAAGACCUCAGGGAGAAAGACUGGUGCGAAGAAAUGAUUCAAGAGGCACCAAUGGUGGCUGUGUGGAAUGCGUAUGACAAAGAUUUCUAUGAUGACAACCCUUUGCUGCAAAAGUGGUGGACUGAGGAGCCAACUUGCGAAAUGCUGACGCAGUGGUAUUCGGAGCGAGCUCAUGAAAUCGAAGAAAUGAGUUCUCUGGUGGAGAAUGCCUUGGAGCUAGUCAAGAUCGGAUGCUUGAACAAUGUCGAGGGUCUAGGCAAACUCUAUGGUGAUCUUCUUACACUGGAAACCCUCGUGUAUGAGUGUCGCAUCAGCCAACCAUUGACGCUUACACAGCUGGAGCAAAUGUCGGACGGCGAGAAGAUCAGGCUUCUGAUGAGCAUGAGUUCAGACAAGAAGUACGUUCUCUGCUUGCGGGAUUGGCUGCUACCGUUUGUGAAUCGGUGCGAGCGGGCUUCUCCCGGAAGCCGUCGCCGUCUGCUGGGAGAAUUCCUCUCGGAGACGGCAAAAGAAGACCUGGCUCCUUGUGUACAGGUCUUUGAGAACUCCAACCUUGAGGAUCUGGAGCGAAUAUUGCAAGAUGCUCAUGAACUUGCAGAACUGGCUUUGUCUUGCAUUCGCAGCUGCCAAAGAGACGACCAACUGGACUACAUUGAAAGAAUCAUAAAGUGUGUUCCUCAGCGAGGGGCAAGUGGUGAAAAUGAGAGCGAGGAGCUGAAGCACUUACAUGACCAACUGGAUGCCCUUGAAAGCUACAUUGAGGUUGCAGAGUGUUUUCAACGUUACGGUGCCAAAAUCUGUGUCAAGACGAUCGUUGACAGCAUCAGCGACGUGAAGCAGCUCGAGCUUUUGUUGAAGAAGGUCACAUCUGCAGCACUGAAGAGGUCUCCUCCACUUACAGAAAAUGAAUGGAGCUCUUUCUUGGACGACAUAUUGCUGUUUCAGAAGAAUGUCUUCAGCAGCAUCACGGUACCUGACUGUGUCAAGAUGGUGGCACACGCCCUGCUCGGAUCAGGGAAUCGUGAGUUUAUUGGGUCAGCGUCUAAACUGCUGACGUGCAACCAAGAAGGCACGUCCUCCAAACCGAAGCACCCAAACAGCUUGCCGUACAAGACGUCAGUGGACUUGGUCCUUUCCGCUGCCAGGGAGUACGUCGAUUCUGCAGCAUCGCACACGGACUCCUGCAUUCCGCUUGCAAGGGCAUGCUUACAGAUAUUGGACAGCAGGCUUCCUGAAGUCAAGGCAGAGUUGGACUUUCUGUCAGCGCUGCCUUUGUUGAGCCAGUUCAAAGUUCCUGCACUUCCUGUUCAAGCUCGACACUGUGAUAAGAUGGAGCUGAUCAGAGAGGCUCUUCACCAGACACCAAAUGCCUACAAGCAGCCCAGCAAGGUGCUCAAGCUGGCAGAACUGUUGCACUUGUAUGGUGAGGACAGCGCAAGACGCGAAGGAGCUGUCCUCUCUCUUCUUGCGAAUGUCGCCCUUGAGGAUGCAGACUACAAACACUGCUAUGAGGUUUGUCAGAAGCUGAUGGCCGGGUACCACUCGGAAGGCUGGAAGAUCUGCCAGAGCCUUGGAGAAUGCACCGAAUUUAAUGAUCUUGCUGCUCGGCAGAAAUUGCUUGCAUUCUCUCUUUGCUACUGUCCGGACACUGCGGUGGACAACCUGCUGAAGGCUACUCAAAUGCUGGAAUUGCAAGAGAUCUACCAACAGCUUGACCUUCCACAGGACGAGGUGUCCAGCAGCGCUAGCAGAGAAUCUGCACAGCUACCCGACAACAAGGUGGUGUCCUCAUGGGGCUCUGGAGACUCCGUGAAAUCAGACGGGAGCCAAGAAAACACCUGGGGCUUCGUAGGCUUCACGGCGGGAAAAACUCGCUCCAUGCUGACAACCCUGGGCAGCGCUGACUUCUGGAAAAGCACUGUCAGGAAUCUCACAAACGUCAAGCGCCAGAAGCCAGUUCAGAGGACUGCAUCCAUGGUCCGCUCCAACACGGAACUCAAGCAGUUUGCUGUCCCGCACUUUUACCAGUCUGUUUUCAGAGACGCUUAUGCGAGCAAGUGCAGUCCAUCCUGUGAGAAAUGGGACAGCCCCAACUUGAGUCCUGUGCUAGUUGAUCUCUUCAACGUUCUCAGGGCGUCCAUGAUAGCAGAGGCCAUUGAUGACAAGUCACCUUCAGCGCAGUGCUCAUACGAGAGCCGCAGCUCCAUCCUGCUCGGUUUGGCAAAGGGCAUUUUGCCGGACGACACCCUUCUGGCGAUGUGCUGCCUGUUCGGUGUCCAACAUCUGGACCAGGUGGAAGAGUUCUUCCUCAACUUGCCAAGCACACCGCUAGUGUUGAGCGUCGCUUCCUACUUCUUCUCUCUCUUGGUCCUCGUCACCCUCGAUCCGGCUGGCACAGAUCGGCUGAUUUCGCUCGACGCCCAGCAGGUGGUGCAAGAGGUAUCGAGCAAGAACCAAGAUGCACUUACCGACGAUGCGCUUGUUUGUGCAAAGCUCGCCUCAAAGUUCUGCAAGAUGCAGGCUGACUUGGCUCAGGCCGAGCUGCUGAAAAAGCAGGGUGGAAGCAUUGAUGUGGAGCGUUUCACCGAGGACAAUCGCUACAAGGCAGAAACGAUUCUCGGGAUGGCUCUCACACUGGACCAGGAAGCUUUACAUGCGGCCGUCUCCCUGGCAAGGAGCUAUGACAUUCCCGUCUGGGAUGUUUAUAUGUGCCAUUUGGAAUUCCUCUUCUCUGAAGGAUGUGAUAUGGCUGAUAUCGAACAGCGCCUUCUCACUGGCGGCAUGCUGGAGGUCCUAGUUUCCAACCCCGAGUCUCUCAGGGAAAAGCUGCUCAGCAGAAUCUACCCAUCCCUCGAUGGAUCCGACCACGGAGUCAUGAGGUUUUUCUACAAGCUGCUUGAGAAGUGUGGCCAAAUGUAUACCGACGACUUGGGUCUGAAGCCGUCCGACCACCUCAAGCUCCUGGAGAGGCUUCGGUCAGCAUGCCCUAAAAUCGACUACAAAACCUUACUCGAACCAGGACAUUCACCUCUUGCCGUGUUGAGUCCAUUUGUGAACAAAGACACAGUUGAGGCCAUUUCAGAAUUGGCUCCCAGCAUUCCCUGCCAUGAUGGCAGCCAUCUGACGUCUUCGUCCAUUUAUUGUGCAUGGGCUACCAAGCUCUUCCUGUCGAAGGGAGGAGAAACAGUGCUAACAACGACUGAGUGGACUAAGCACUUUGACAAAUGCCGUGGCUACCUUGAGAACCUCUCUCCAUCAGAUCUUGUGACGUUUGCAGAAUCAGUCGCAUUUGACAAGGUGUCACUCGAAUGUGUCAGCCGGCGAAUACGUCUGGAUGUGGUGAGGCAGUGCCUGAAACUUGCGAAGCAAUAUCAUGUUGACAAAUUACCCAAAAUUGGAUCCGAGGAGGAGUGGAAAGAUGCAGCGAAAACCCUCCAGAGCUACCUGUCGCACUUGCAGAGGAUAGCGGAUGGAGUAUUGGACGAAGCUGUUGACCCUAGCAAUCCCAUGGUUCAGAGCUAUGCAACCGAGUUUGAGCUUUCACGGGGCAUUCCGCAAAAAUUGGAAGCCAUGCUGCUUCGUUGUGCCAUGUCAGAAACCACGCCGGGCCUGCUUCAAUCCCUGCUCUCCUGCUGCCCACCAAACACAGUGGAUAAGCAACCCACAGACAUCUACUCAGAUGCCAUCUUGCUUGCUUCAGAACAGCUCAGAAAUCCAGAAAAGAAGUUGCACGAUGUGUUCGACUCGAUGACACCUGAGGAAGUUCUGGAACGUAUUCUCCGCCAAGUGCUUGAAGAUAGGCAAGUAUUAUCUUGGCCAUGA